GCGCGAAGAGGAGCUGCUCCGACGAAGAACACCGGUGCCCAUCAUCAGUGGUCGUCGGUUCGUUGUCCGGUAACGCCGCCGCUUGCAGCUGUCAGAUCACACACACGUACACGCGUCCCCGUACCGGCUGCUGUGUAGAUCACAGUCGUCGUUUGCGAUACUCCCAGAUCGUACACACGCGUCUUCGCAGCCGCCCGUUAUUACUGAGUAUUAUACAUUCUGCCGACCCGAAUAAACGUUUGGGUUUUUUUUUUUUUUUUUACAUAAAUUUGCGAAUUUUUGUCAUCCCCCAAACGGAACAGGCCGUCCGGCGUGCCACCAAAGGACAGUCGGCGCGUUGUCCGACCCCGCACGUGUGUGGAUACCACCGACAGGAGGACCAACGCUUAUUAUUAGAAUACCAACAGUGAAGCGAAUAGCAGUUUUUCGGGCGAUGCUAGACAUGGCUCUAGGGAGUAAUGCUCCCACGGGCUCCUACGACCGUAGCCGGCUGACCGUGGCUCUGCUGUUGAUCGUUUGCGCGACACUCGUCAAGUCUGCGCCGACCACUAUCGACGAAAUCGAACCGAAAAGAACAGACAUAGCAGAUUAUUAUGCGAACUCAAAUGGCUGUUACUAUAAUUAUCAGCAUUAUGAAGAGGGCGACCGUAUUGUGACCAACGAACCUUGUCUGAACUGCACUUGUCACAACCGAAUGUUGAUGUGCUUCCUGAGGGUGUGCCCGUUCACGAAAGCGAUUGGACAAGACUGUACGGUGCAAAAAUCUCCGGAUCAAUGUUGUCCGACCAUCUCUUGCCCGGAAGUUGGUUCGUAUGUUACAGUGCCUGUGGAAUUGUUGACCAGCUCUACGACACCACAGCCUACGACAACGACGACUGUAGGAUGGCAAGAUAACUACGGGUGCAUGAUGAACGACAAUGAAUUUUUCCCAGACGGAGCACAGCUGCCUAUUAGCCUGCAGAAACCUUGUGAACUCUGUUAUUGUAUAAGAAACAGAACAGCUUGUGUCAUGCAAGAGUGCACGCUCCACGUAGAAGGAUGCAGGCCGGUGUACCUUGAUGGUGUCUGUUGCCCAGUCCGGUAUGAUUGCGAUUAUGAAAAUGAUAAGUCCACUACGUCAACGCCACAGAUAACUGGUGGUUUAGUGUUCUCUACUACUUCUGCGCCGUUCGAUUGCCGCGUGGGUAAUGAAGUUUACAACGACGGUGAAUCCAUACCCAUGCUUUCCGAGAAACCAUGCCAUCACUGCUAUUGUAUGAGAGGUGAUAUCGUUUGUGCAGUUCAGGAUUGCGGAGAGCCUCUCAGAGGUAAGGAUUGCACUCCGGAACCUCCUCCAGCCGGCCAAUGCUGUCCCACAUCAUACCGCUGUGCGAAUGACACGAUUAAUUCAGACGAUGUUACAACCCUACAGCCAAUAUCUCUGAGUGACUCUGAUGAACACGAGGCCGAAAAACAUCCUUCUCUAGAAGAAGCGUAUGAAAAAUUGGGAGAAAAUCAACCUACAAGUCAAGAUGCUCUAAACGACGAAGUUCAGCCAGCUGAAGCCGAGCAAUCGACUAAUAAAAAUGAAGCGUCGAAUAGCUCUGUCAACGAAAAUCAAAGUAACGCAGAUGAACAAGCUGGAAUAUCAGAGGUCAGCGCUACGACACAAAAUAAUGAGCAACCUUCAUCCGAGACUGUAAGUCAAGACAAUCCUGAAGUUGUUGCGUCAGAUGAAAAUACUAAUGCUCAAGAAACAGGUACAACGAAUUCCCCGACGGAAGAAAACCUUGUUAGUUCUACUCCACAACAAACUUCCGAUGACAAAACCGAUGUCAAAGUAACAGAAGAGAACACGAGUAUCAAAAAUCCUUCUGAACAAAUAAACCAAGAUGAAAAUAAAACAACUAACCCAAUAAGCAAUGAAACGCCAGAGAUCUCUCAAACUGAAAGUCCCAUUACAACAAAUCAAGACAGCAACACUUCGAUAAGCGAUGACAAAAAUGAAAAUGAAAACUCUGAAAUCAACACAGAGUCCAAUAUUAAACAAGAUACGCCCUUACAAAGCAAUCAAGACAGUACUGAGCGUCCCGUUGAAGUAAUUAAUGCUCAAACAGAUGUUCCUUCUGAAGUCGACCAAUCAACUCUAAAACCAAGUGAACAAGAUAACGCACAAAUCUCUCAAAAUGAUAACAACAUUGGUCAAAACAACCAGGAUAUUAGUCAAACACCUGAAGUAAAUGUUGUUCAAACAGAAACUCCAUCGAUUGUGGCUAAACCUUCUAGCCAAAUCAAUCAAGAUGAAACAGAUAAAACCGUUUCUCAGACUGAAGUUCCAAUUAGCAUACAACAAGAACCGGUUAGUCAAAUCAAUCAAGAUAGUACUGCCAGACCUCAAGAAGAAAAUGUUUCUCAGACUGAUGCUUCCACCAGUGUACAACAAGAACCAGUAAACCAGAGUAAUCAAGAUAGCACUCAAGGAUCCCAAGAAGAAAACGUUUCUCAGACUGAUGCUCCCACUAGUGUACAACAAGAACCAGUAAACCAGAGUAAUCAAGAUAGCACUCAAGGAUCCCAAGAAGAAAACGCUCUGACGACCGAAAGUCCAUCAAGCGUAGUAGGAGAAUUACCGAGCCAAGAUAAUCAAAACGACUCGCAAAAACCACAAGAAGAAGGUUCUACUCCAACUGAGUUGCCCACAGUACAUGAAUCUCCAAGCGAAAACGACGAAGAAAAGCCCCAAGAAGUAAACGAAAUACAUACCGAAAGUCCAAUUUCAGAAAACAAACCAAUAGAACAAAUCAAUGAAGAUAAGCCAGCAAGCGAAAGCGACCCACAAAUUAACUCAGAUUUAGAAAAGAAACCAGACAAUCAAGAGGUCGUUCAAAAUGAAAACGUUUUGGCUACAACAAAUCCAUUGGAUACAAAUAAUGAUGAGGUCGUAAACGCACCAACUCAACCCUCGGUUUCCCAAGAGGCAGUUGAAGCUCAAGUGUCGACAGAACAGCCUGCUGAGCAAGAUCACAUAAUUAUGGUUUCUCCAACUGCCCCACCGCUGUAUGCGCAUGACCAAAUUAAAGAUGACGUGCCGUUGCAAACACCUGCCAUUGCCAAUGAAAACAACAAUCAUGUAAAAGACACGUUAACAGAAGAAAAUAAAACCGAAAUCAGUCAAACACCACAAACGCCGUCUAGUGAUGAAGCGUCUUCUCCGGGUAUAAUCGAUACAGAAAAUGUGCCAGCUGCAAAUCCCGUUAACGUUGUACCGGAAAAUGAUAAUAAAUCGCCUAAUGAAAAUACAAGUGAAAAUAUCAUCAGCAACAAAAUAGAUAGCUCAACUGAAACGAAACCUAAUGAAAAUGAAAUCGUUAACGAUGCGUCCAUUAGUGCUACUGAAAGUCCAGUUGAUUCCGGAGAACAAAAACCAGAAAAUGAUCAACCAGUUAACAAUCGUUUCAGUGAAAGUCCUGUCAAUAAAGUUAACUUGGAAGCCGUAUCACCGUCUACAGAAGCAAAUAUUGAAGUCAAACCGGACUCGGAAACUGGAACACAAACUGUUCUCUUAGACAACUCAUCUGAGCCCAGCAUAACGCAACAGACUGAAGACAGUGCAACAGAACAGCCUAAUUCCCUCGAAAAUCACGAUAGUUCCGAAACGCCUACUAAUGCACCACCAAGUAGUGACGACAUAAGCGAAGGUACUACACAAUUACCUCAACAACAAAUUGAGGAUAAUAAUAUUCCGAGUCAGUCAGUUAACCUUAGCCCCGACGAACCGACUAAAACACAAGAUGAACCAGAGAAGUCUAGUGAACCCUCCGAAAGCCCGAUUGACCUGACAUCCGUGAACAAUCAAGAAACUACUGAACCCCAGCAUUCUGACAACGUUGAGAACGCUAAACCAACCUACGCGCCUGUCUCUGAAACCGGAGAAAUUGAACAGAUUAUAUCUACUGCAGCUCCCGAAAUAAACGAUAACGUCGCGCUUCAACCACAACAACCGCAAGACGAAGCCACCAACGCAAUCGUAGAGGCAACUACUACUUUUGAUGAUCCGUCGUCGUCUGAUGAAAACGAUUUGAAAGUAGUGACAGAGUCGGCUCCGAUUAACGAAGCAGAUGUCUCGACUACUUCACCGGAACAAACAGCUGAAGACGAGAAACCAGUACCUAACACAAACGAAAAUAUACAAGUCGAAAACGAUAGCACUCAUAACCCGCAAACAGAACAAGUUAAUCUUAUAAGCUCUAGCAACAAUGUUGAUUCAGACAAUUCAGCGUCCACAAAUAAAUACACUGAAGAAGUAGAAUCUACAGUCAGCCCAGCUUUGAGUUCGUCAAGCAACGAUGAGAAUCUGAACAAGAUUACACCGAUCGCCACACCUGAUAACAAACCUGAAAAUGAAAAUGCUGUCGAAGUUGCUACUGAAAAUAUCUUGGAAGACGCAUCGACAAAUACACCUAUUGUAAAUGCCAACGAUUCUCCUGUCAAUACCGAUGCUGAUGAAAACGUAGAAACUGGCACCAAUGCUCCUUCAAGUCAAGAAAAUCAGAAUAUUCAGUCAUCGACAUCCGAACCCGACUCGUACAAUACACAAACGCCAGUUGUAAGUCAAGAUUCUGGGCCUUCAAACGAUGUAACUUCAGAAGUUAUCUCUUCGAUACCGGAUACAAGUGCCCCUUCAACGGACAAAAUUCAAAACGAAGUAGAAUCGCACUCUUCGCCGUCAGCAACACAAGUACCUGAAUCUGAAUCGUACAACACACAACCACCAGCUAUGAGCCAAGAUUCAGGAUCUUCUAACGAUGUCACUUCUGAAGUAGUUUCGUCGAUGACGGACACAAAUGCUCCUUCGACGGAAAAAAAUCAAAACGAGGUAGAAUCGAACUCUUUGCCGUUGGCAACUCAAGCACCUGAACUCAAUAUCGACGUUGUUACUAAUAGUCCCGUCGAGUCACCGAGCAUUAUUCCCACAUCCGAGAACAAUGAAUAUGAAGCUACUCCGACGACUGAAAUUAACGGAUCUCCCGACGAUAAAAUCGUAGAAGCCACUACAGUGGUGGAUGAUAACAGCCAAGGCGUACCGGGAGAAGGUAGUUGUUUAGUUGAAUUCGUUACUUACGCUCAUAAAGCUGAAGUGCCGAAAUCAAAUCCGUGCCAUGAAAAAUGUGAAUGCUUAAACAGCAUCGUUUCGUGUACGUCGAUUAACUGCCCACCACCACCGCCUAAUCAUAGAAAUUGUAUACCUUUGCAUCCAGGAAACGAAUCGUGGUGUUGCCCGACUUAUAUGUGUGACGGAGGAAUAGACCAAGGAUUGAUUUUCGAAAGCCAUAACCAAGUACGCCCAGAUGAAGUAUCGACAGAAUUACCGGGGAGUAAACCAACCGAAGGUAACGAUAUAAAUGCAAGCGGGAUCGAACAAGAGCCGAAUACAGCUAGUCCUGAAGUACCGUCUGAAUAUAAUACAUUAGCGCCGACCCUAACGGAUACGGGCGCUAACUUGGAUAAUCCUAAUAUUUCUGAAGGACCGAGCCAACCCGAAACUAACAAAGUGUCGGAGAAUUUCGUCACUCCCGAAAAAGAGAGUCUAGCCCCAGUGACAGCCAUUUAUUCCGAGCCCUCAGAAAACGAAAACCCGACAGAAAAUUCACCAGCAUCCGGAGGUGUAACAUCAGUGUCGUACGAAAACGACGUGUCAACCACUUCCGUAAAUAAGGCUGAUGAUGCGGCAAACCAAAAUCCGUCGAUAAGUCCGGUGAGUGAAUCUCAAGACGUACCCGCCCAACCAACCGAAUCCCAAAAUUUAGAGUCGAGUACGACUAAGGUAGAACCGGCAAAUGAUCAAAGUCAACCUGAACAACAAACUCCAGAAUUGGUUGACACUCCAGUCGAUACAACGAACAAACCUGACGGCUUGCCUGCUACCGAACAAAGUAGUGACAAUAACGCUAACGAUGAUAUUAUAAAAACACCUGCCAAUGAAGAGUCUGACGUUAAACAAACUGAAAAUUCAACAGAACAACCAAUAAUCAGCCAAAAUCCAUCCGAGUACACACAAUCUGCCAAUGGACAAGCUGACUCAAGUCCAACUCAACUGCCGAUCGAAACCAUUCCGAACGACACUAGGCCACCCUCGACUAUCGAUGACAUCCUUUCUUCUGUCAACUUAGUCAAGGGCGUAUUAAAUUCACUGGAAACGUCAUCGAAACCAUCUGAAAUCUAUUAUCAACCAACCGAAGCGGUACAAGUUAAUUAUGAAACUACGGUUACUGUUGAAGGAUCUUCUUUCAGUCCGUCUUCCUCAGACGAUACAUCUCAAAUUACCUCUGAACAAACCUCUUCCAGUCCGUCUUCUCCAGAUGAUAUACCACAAAUAACCACUGAACAAGUUUCAUUUAGUCCGUCUUCUUCAGACGAACCUAACAAACCUCAAAACACAGCUGAAGAAGUUUCUUCUAGUUCGUCUUCCUCGGACGAUAUACCUCAAAUUACCACAGAACAAGCUUCAUUAAGUCCGUCUUCUUCAGACGAACCUAACAAACCUCAAAGCACAGCUGAAGAAGUUUCUUCUAGUUCGUCUUCCUCGGACGAUAUACCUCAAAUUACCACAGAACAAGCUUCAUUAAGUCCGUCUUCUUCAGACGAACCUAACAAACCUCAAAGCACAGCUGAAGAAGUUUCUUCUAGUUCGUCUUCCUUGGACGAUACACCCCAAAUUACCACAGAACAAGCUUCAUUUAGUCCGUCUUCUUCAGACGAACCUAACAAACCUCAAAGCACAGCUGAAGAAGUUUCUUCUAGUUCGUCUUCCUUGGACGAUACACCCCAAAUUACCACAGAACAAGCUUCAUUUAGUCCGUCUUCUUCAGACGAACCUAACAAACCUCAAAGCACAGCUGAAGAAGCUUCUUCCAGUCCAUCUUCCUCGGAAGAUACAUCUCAAGUUACCUCUGAACAAGAAUCUAUCAGUCCGCCUUCGCCAGAUGAAACAAAUAAACUCCAAAUCGCUGUUGAAGGUCCUUCUAGUCCGUCUUCUUCGGACGAUUUACCCCAAAUUACCACUGAACAAGCUUCUUUCAUUCCAUCGUCAUCGGAAGAACAAAACAAACCCGAAAUCCAUGCUGAAGGUCCUUCUAGUCCGUCUUCUUCAGACGAUUUACCCCAAAUUACCACUGAACAAGCAUCUUUCAUUCCAUCUUCAUCAGAAGAACAAAACAAACCCGAAAUCCCUGCUGAAGGUCCUUCCAGUCCGUCUUCCUCUGGUGAUAUACCCCAAACUACCGCCGGCAAACCGGAAAGUCUCGAAGAACCUAAUCAAUCGCAACCGAUUGUCGAGGUGAAUGCAGUCACUAAUGCACCUGAAUUAGCUACCGUUAAGGCACCCGAGUCCACUACUCAAAAUUCCCCAGCACCAAUUCAAUUAGAAGUUUCUACCGACGCGGCUGUUAACAAACCAGAGGAAAAUCAAAAUUCUGCGGUUCCUGUACCCGAAGUAAAUGCUAAUCCACCCGAAUCUGUGGCGGACAAAGAUCCUGAAGAAUCGUCACCUACAGCCACCAAUGCGCCCUCAAGCCAGUACACUACCGCCGAAAAGACUGAAGGAGUCGAUAACAGAUUCAGCUCUCCGACUUCGUCUCAGCGGCCUACCCAAGAGGAAAUCAAAAUUCCCCAAGAGUCCGGUAACAAAGUACAAAUACCUUUCGGCACAGACGCCCCGGAAUCGUAUAGACCGCCCAGCACCCCCGUGUACACCCACAGGCCUUCUUUCUCUUCUAUCCCACAAUCGUCAUGGACGCAAAAACCUUUCCAUCCAGAUAGCACGUCCGAAUCACCACAACCUGACCAAGGGUUCCCCGAUGAGUACGAAGACGAAAACGAAGCUGUAUUCGGACCAGGCACUUGCAGAUACGGCGGCAAAAUCUACGUGUCAGCCCAACAAGUGCCCAGAGACGACCCGUGCGAUUUUUGUUUCUGUUUCCGAGGCGACAUCAUUUGUCUGCAACAGAGCUGUCCGCCACCCAUUUUCGGUUGCUUCCAAGACACAAUUCAGGGCUUCUGCUGUCCCAGAUAUGAGUGCCCAGUAGCGCAGGCCACGCAAGUUAACGUGACCACCACCACGACAACGACGACCACGACGGUACCUCCACACUUCUUCGCCAACGCCUACCGAGGAGCCGCCCGGAGAUCCGGAUGUCUUAUACACGGGCACGCGUACAAGGUGGGCGAAGACGUUGGCAUCGCUUCCGGACCGUGUAUGCAAUGCAUAUGCGGGGACGACGGUAAAAUGCAAUGCAACCCCAAAGCCUGCAGCCCCGAACCUGUACUGAGGAAAAUGUUAGCCGAGGCGGUCGACAGGAGGAGAUAAACGAUUCGGAUUCGACGACAACAAGUGCCAAAAACCACAGUUUCUUAAGCGACAAUAUGAACGAGCAACAAUGAACCAAACCUAGACCGUCAAUUAUUGUUUAAUUACAUUUUUAUUAUUAUUAUUAUUAUUAUUAUUAUUAAUGAUAACCACAACGCGCAAUGUCGACUUUUGGGGACAUAACGUUGCUCAAUACAAUAAUAUUAUAUGAUUAUUACUUUUAUACCAUCCCCGCAAGAAAAGACAAACAUGGUAUGCCAUCGUGAAAACAUUGGAGACUGGUUCUAAUGAAUAUUAUAUUAUUUAUUACUUUUAGUUUAUUUAAAAAAUAGGUUAAUUAUUUAUUAUCGUACGAAUGAUACGAUUUAAUAAGAAACGUUAUUUGUACGCUUUUAUUAUUAUUUUUGAGCGAUCUACUUAAUUUUGACCGUCAAAUAAUUAUAAUAGUGUCGAUAGUAGUAGAAACAAAUCAAAUGCGUAGGUAGUCGGAAUAGCAGCACACCAGUUGCGCUGACCAUAAUAUUUUCAUGUAGUGUUUUUUCUUCUCCAAAUUGCUAUAAAAAAAACUCAACUUUCAUUUUCGACAGAAUAUUUUUACCGCUUUCAUAAUAAUAAUAUUAUAUAUACUCUGUACAUAUUGCUGCCAUUUACGUUUAUAUUUAAGACGAAAAUAUUUUUUAACAAAUCUUAUUGCUUUUUUUUUUUACCUACCAACAGUUUCGUUUAAAUCAAGCCCAAUCCAAUGCUCAUGGGCUCCAUGACAAUUUUAUUAUAUUUACCGAAUUUUAUCUGAGUCGUUUAACAGGCAGAAGUGAACAUUUGAAAAAAAAAACAAAUACAAUAUUUCACAAUAAAUUUGCUCUCUUUAUUUAAUUUGUUGCCUUGAAAAAUUCUUCUGCCUCUCGAACACCCAGAUAAAUUUUGCGCGGAAGACAUGUAUAUAGUAUUUGUUCAUAAGUUUAGCGUUAUUACAAUAUAAUUUUAUUAUUAUAAUAAGACAAUUUAUACAUAUAUAUAUGAUUAAGUCAAACGAUUUGCUACUUAAAAAAUAAAUUUAUAGUUAUUACAUUUUUUUUUUUUUAGAAAUCAUGUUUAGACGAUAAAAAUUAUUACUACUGUUUAAAUAAAAACACAAAAAAAAAAUUGUACUUUUUUACAAACUAUAUAAUAUUGUGUUUUAUUGUGAAUAAUUUUUCUACUGACGUUUUGUG